AACAAACAUAGAAGUGAAGACAGUACUGAACAGUGACUUGGGAAACUGCGUAGUGAGUUUAGCUAACUAGUGUGUGUGUGUACGAACACAAAUUUAAGCUCUACCCUCGAGCUCUUCAACCCCACUCUUCUUCUCUCCUCGUUAGCUUUCUUUCUUCUGCUUCAUUUUCUUGGACCUUGAGCCACAUUUUCUUUUUCACAAGAAAGCUGGCUUUUCAUUUGGUUGACAUCUUUUUGGCGGGUCUUUGACGAAAGCAAAUUUAGUUUGUCAUUUCUACAUUGACUGCUGAGAGGAAACUAAUAUGCAGACACCAAAAGCAAGGACUGUCUCUGUUGAGGUACCACAAAGGACAUCUCCAGCUACACCAAAGACAGCUCGAAAGCUCGGAACUUCAGGGCCAGCUGUUGAUUCUGUUUCAUCUCCAAAUCCAGCAAGCAGGACACCAAAAGACAAGAGUCCCAAAGUUGUUGGUCGCCGGUCACCACGAAGUCCAGCAGUAGAGCAGAAGCGUCUAGGCAGAGUGUCCGGUUUGGAAGACCAACUUGCUCAACUCCAAGAGGAGGUGAAGAAGGCAAAGGAACAACUCAGUUCAUCAGAGUCAUUGAAGAAAAAGUCCGAACAAGAGGUUGACGAAUUCAAGAAGCAGAUUGCGGCCAUGUCAGAGAAGCUCGAGGAGUCUGAGAAGCAGCUGCUUGAGCGCUCAGAUUCUGAGGAAGCUCGACUCCUGGAGCAACGCAAGAUCUCACAAGAUCGGGAUCGAGCAUGGGAAUCUGAACUUGAGGCUGUAACAAAGCAGCAUGAAUUGGACUCUACCGCUCUGGCUUCUGCCAUGAAUGAAAUCCAGAAGCUUAAACUGCAGCUUGAUAGAGUAGCUGAUUCUGAAGUUACUCAAGCUCGCCAUGCUGAAUCAGCUCAUGCUGAGACCCAAAGCUUAAGGGUAAAACUCCACAAAACCGUUUCAUUGCUUGAGCAAUUACAAAACCAGUUAAACAAAAGCAAGGAAUCUGAAGCUAGUGUACUUGAAGAAGUGAGUAAAGUUCAGUUGGAGCUGGAAGUUGCAAAGGCGACGGGCGAUACUCUACGCUCGGAAGGUCUGAAGGCAGUGGAGGCUUGCAAAUCCUUGUCAUUAGAGUUGGAACAGUCAAAGGUUAAAGUGGCUGCAUUGGAGGAACUUGUCAGCAAUCUCCAGUCUGAUCAAGGCAACAAAAGCAUGAACCUGGUAGAUCCUUCAGAAAGUGGAAUUAAUGUGGAAGCUGAUGAAAUCAAAACUGAGCUCAGUAAUCUUAUAGAUGAAGUAAAUGAAUUAAGAGCUGCAUUGGAGGAUUCCGAGAGAAGGUAUCUGGAGGAAUGCAUCCAGAGCACCUUGCAGAUAACAAGUGCUUAUGAGAUAGUGGCGUGCACAAAGUCUGAAUCGAUUCAAAGAGGUACUGAAUGGAAUUCAAAGUUAAAUGCUGCAAAAGCAGAUAUGAAAGAGUUAAAGGAGACACUGAUGAACAAAGAAGCUGAACUACAAAAGAUUUCAGAUGAAAAUAAGGCCCUAUAUUUACAAGUCGAAGAAAUACAGGCAGCUGACAGAGAAACUGAAUUGCAAGCUGAAUUGAAGAAAUCAGAGUCAAUCCUGGCAGAUCUAAGGGCAAGUUUAUUUGAUAAAGAGACGGAGGUGCAGAGUACCACUGAGGAGAAUGAGAUGCUGAAGUCUGAAAUGAAGAAGAGGGAAAUGGAGAGUACCAAAGUGAAUGAUGAGGUUCUUGCCUUAGCAGAAGCUGCGAAAACUUCUGAAAGAGAGGCCCUGAUGAAACUGGGGUAUUUGACUGAGGAAGCAGAUAAAAGUAGCAGAAAAGCAGCACGGGUCAUUGAGGAGUUGGAUGCAGCACAGACGGCUAACUCUGAGAUGGAAGCUGAGUUAAGGAGGUUAAAAGUACAAUCUGAUCAAUGGAGAAAAGCUGCUGAAGCAGCUGCAGCUAUGCUAUCAACUAGCAAUAACGGGAAAUAUGUCGAGAGAACAGGCUCUUUAGACUACCACACUAUUGGUGGAAAGCUGCGUUCUCCAUUGUCUGAAGAUAUGGAUAAUGAUUACUCACCCAAGAAGAAGAAUGGCAAUAUGUUGAAGAAGAUCGGUAGUUUAUUAAAAAAGGGCCACAAAUAGAUGCAUAUCAUGCAGGUAUUUUUACUGAGCUUCGGCCUCCUGGAAAAUCUCUUAGCUGAUUUUUGUAAAGCUAUUCCGAAAUUGAUGAGGCCUCUGUGAUCUCACCUGCCAAUACUAAUAUGCUUCCUUAGGUGAUAGUAGUAAGCAAUGUAACUUCAUUCGAAAUUUUCAGUUUAUUUUGCAGUUGGAGCUUUCAUAUAUAGACUACUGUAAGUUCCAACAUGUUCUACUAAGUGUAAUGAAUCCCAGGCAGUUGAUUAAUCGUAGAACUUGCUGUAUCGGUUAUUUUAGAUUUUUAUAAUUUAAAGAUGGCAAUAUGGAUGAAUUUUCAAUGUA